AUGAAAUUCGAAGACUAUCUCAUGAAGAAAAGCCAAGAGCCUCAGAAAAGACAAGACCUUGCGAAGGAGGUUGUCAAAUUGCAAACACAGCUGAAGGAUGAAGAGGCACUCAAUAUUGUCUUACGUUGUGCACUUCAUGGUCCUGUUUUCUCUCUUCCAUUCAUUCCCUCAGUGCUUCCACCUGAGGUUCAUGAGCUUCUUGAAGAAUUGGCAAUGGUUGAGGAAGAGAUCAUUUUGCUUGAAAGAAAAGUUAAGGAACUAAAACAUAGAUUGUACCAGGAGAGACACCAGACCACUGAAUGGGAAAUGCACCAUAGAAGACAGCAUACACUACACAACGAUUUCCAAGGAUCAUCGAGAUAUUGCUCAAUAAUUACUGAGCAGAGUUCCAGUUCACACAAUCACCAAGUGUUCACUAAAGGAAGAAAGACAAAAUAUAGAAGGGCCUCUCUAGGUUCUGCAUUGGAUAUCCAUACCCUAUUGUCCACCUCAAGAAGAUCAAUUAUACCAAGAAGGAGCAUUGGAAAGGUCCCAAGACAAUACCCUAUGCAUUUAGAAACUGCUAUUGAGAAACCAAAUGAAUUGUCAGAGGAACUGCUUAAAUGUCUGAUGGGAGUUUUUCUUGAAUUGAACCGGGCAUCAUUGGACAGAGAAGAAUCAGAAUAUGUGCCUAGACUUACUCUUUCAUGCAUGAAGUCCCCUGGCUUCAUGACAAAGACCUCAUUCAACUGCAAGACACCUUCGUUCCUUUCAAAUGGCAAUGCUUCUUGUAUUGAUCCUUAUGGCACGUCAUCAGAUUUAGAUUGCGCAGCAAGAGAUGUAGGACCCUAUAAGGACUUCAUUCAAAUCACUAGUAGCUCAUUAGACAUGAACCGCUUUUCACAGUGCUUGCCAGCAUUCACAAAAUUAAGGGUCUUGAUGCAUAAGCUAUGUGGUGUGGAUUUAAGUUUCUUGACCUACAAGCAAAGGUUGGCAUUCUGGAUCAACAUCUACAAUGCCUGCAUAAUGAAUGCGUUUUUAGAUCAUGGUCUUCCUUCUACGCAAGAUAAACUGUUGUCUCUUAUGAAUAAGGCUGCAAUGAAUGUAGGCGGGAUAGUACUAAAUGCUCUGGCUAUCGAACACUUCAUUCUUCGGCAUCCAUGUGAAUCAAAAUAUGGACAUGUGGAUGAGAAGGAAGUGCUAGUGCGGCAUGCUUAUGGUCUGGGGUAUCCUGAACCCAAUGUUACGUUUGCUCUAUGCCGAGGCACUUGGUCCUCACCAGCAUUAAGGUUGUACACCUCAGAGGAAGUUGUGAACCAAUUGGGAAGGGCCAAAGUGGAGUACUUGGAAGCUUCGGUGGGUAUCACAAACAGGAGAAAGAUUAUUGUGCCUAAGCUUUUGCAGUGGCAUAUGCACGAUUUUGCUGAUGAAAUGGAAUCACUGCUAGAAUGGAUAUAUAGCCAAUUGCCACGGUCAGGAUCAUUGAAAAGAGCCAUGAUGGAGUGCCUCACAAGAGAAACAAAAUAUUCCAUCUCCAAAAUGGUAGAAAUCCAACCAUAUGAAUCUGAAUUCCGCUACCUCCUACCCAUGUAA